AUAUUUCAAGUUCUUGAAAUUUUUCCAGAAUUGAAAGCGCCACCUAUAUAUGCCAUGAUUUACCGAUCUUCCUUGAGGUUUCGCAGGAUUUUUGGGGAGGGAUGUAAAUUUCGUCGUGCGCCAUGUUGUAGGAUGUGUUGUUUUACUGUCAAAUGAUUGAAAAUUUGCAAUUUUAAUAAAGAAAAAUGGAUGAAACUAAAGUGAUUUAUCAUAUAGAUGACGAGGAAACCCCAUAUUUAGUGAAAAUACCAAUAUCACCUGAGAAAGUGACCUUAGCUGAUUUCAAAAAUGUGUUGAAUAGACCCAACUACAAAUUUUUCUUCAAGUCAAUGGACGAUGAUUUUGGGGUUGUUAAAGAAGAAAUUGUUGAUGAUACUGCACAUUUACCAUGUUUCAAUGGUAGAGUUGUUAGUUGGUUGGUAUCUGCUGAGGGUUCAAAUCAAUCAGAUGGCGGAUCACAAUGUACUGAUAGUAUCACGCAUCAGUCACCUGAGCAAAGACUGCCUCAACCUGCACCUGAUUGCACGGAUACCGAGAGUAUAAUAAGUUCAAGACAGGGUAGAAGACAUCACAAAUAUUCGUCCAGAAUCAAUGGACAUCUUCCAAGAGUAUACGAGACUGCCUCUAUUGUAAGUUCCGAUUUAGAAACGACCAGUUUUCAAUCUGAAACGACAGGUAGACACACAGCACUAUCGGAAUGUUCCAGUGUGAGUCGAUUGCAUGUGGCCGGACGAAAAAGACCUCAAAGAAGGAGAAAGCAAAGGCUACAGGCGAUGUCGAGGACAAGUUCUUAUUCAAGCAUAACGGACUCGACAAUGUCUCUCAAUAUCAUCACUGUAACGUUGAACAUGGACACUGUAAAUUUCUUGGGUAUAUCGAUAGUCGGACAGAGUAACAAAGGUGGUGACGGUGGUAUAUAUGUGGGAUCUAUAAUGAAGGGAGGUGCAGUAGCUUUAGAUGGCAGGAUAGAACCGGGCGAUAUGAUAUUGCAAGUGAACGAUGUCAAUUUUGAAAAUAUGUCGAACGACGAGGCUGUAAGGGUGCUGAGGGAAGUGGUACAAAAACCGGGGCCGAUAAAACUGGUGGUCGCAAAAUGUUGGGAUCCCAACCCGAAGGGAUACUUCACCAUACCGAGAACGGAACCAGUCAGACCAAUAGACCCAGGAGCUUGGGUGGCUCACACUGCGGCGGUCAGGGGGGACCCCGUGGUUCGUCCCCCCAGCAGUUCGACGGUGUCCAGCGCGUCCAUCACGAGCACGAUACCCGCCAACGAACGUGAGUGUCUUCUUGGUACCGACAUGGAAGAACCCCUAUACAUACAUUCCCCGAUGGCACAGGUGGUCCAGGCCAUGCAGCGUCCGGAUAGCGGUCUGGAGAUACGCGAUCGAAUGUGGCUGAAGAUAACGAUCCCCAACGCGUUCAUCGGCACCGACAUGAUAGAUUGGCUGUUGACGCACGUCGAGGGGUUCCACGAGAGGCGCGACGCGAGAAAGUACGCCUCGCAUCUGCUCAAAGCCGGCUUCAUCAGGCACACCGUCAACAAAAUCACUUUCUCCGAACAGUGCUACUACAUCUUCGGCGAUCUGUGUCAGGCGAUGUCCAACUUGAAGAUACAAGACAACGAUUCGGUCGGACCCCUGCCCAACGUGCCCAACUAUAUGCCGUACAGCGGCACUUAUAAUCCGCUGGAAUAUAUGCCGAUGCCGUUCUACACGGCCAGCGAGAACACCGUAUACGGUUACAAUAGGGAGGAAUCGGUUCUGAGUGGAAGCGGGGGCUCCUCGAACGGCUCCGACCCGCUCAAAGACGCCGCGGCCGGCCACAGCAGCGGCACCGACAGCGACAUAACCUCACUGGGACCGAGGAACAACCCUCCGAUGCCUUCGUCGGGCAACGGCAACGGCAGCUCGAACGGCUCGGACCAGAGCAGCGGCACAGCGGUCGCCGCCCAGUCCAAGGACAUAGCCGGUAGUAGACAAUCUUUUAAAAUCGCAAUGGGCAACCCAUGCGAGAUGUUUGUCGAUGUGAUGUAGUAGUAGACUGCGAUACCGCGGCGUUGAUCGGUUUCUGUUCUGCGCUUCCCCAAUAACAAUUGAAAAACAUGCCAGGGUGGGUGAGCUAUCAGAGGUUUAUGGAGAACUAAUCAAAAUUUUGUGGUGAAAAUUUGCACGUUGGGGUUUUCGACUAUGAACUAUCUCCCUGAAAGAUGCAACGCAGCUUCCGGUUA